CUCUUGUACAUCUCUACAAUCAACUUACAUCAACAUAGACUCGAUUAGACAAUCAUCAUUAGAAUUGCGUUAUACAUUCACAUAUUCGCAAAUAGUCACCUCUCUAGACAAUGAGUGACCCAACCAACCCCAACAUCGCCAACCGAACAACGCCCCAAUGGGCACUCUACCAGCGUGAGAACUUCUGGAAAAUAAACGACGGCCAAACUGCCCCUUUCAACACAGAUCCACGAAAGCUAGAAGAGGAGGCACAUAAAAAGCUAAGCCAAGGAGGCUGGUACUACGCAUCCUCCAACGCAGGCCUCUCCAACACACACCUCGCCAACCGCCAGGCCUUCUUCCGCCAUCGAAUCAUCCCCAACCAACUAGUAGACACCAACCUACGCGACACCACCACCGAAAUCUUCGGCCACCGAGUAUCAGCUCCAAUUGGCUUUGCCCCCAUCGGGAUCAACAAGAUCUAUCACCCAUCCGCAGAACUCGCGGUAGCCAAAGUCGCCGGCGAACUCAACCUCCCCUACUGUCUCUCCACGGCGGGAAGCUCCCCGAUCGAGAAAGUCGGCGAAGCAAAUGGCAAAGGGCCUCGUUUUUAUCAACUGUACAUACCCCAUGAUGACGAACUAACCCUAUCCCUACUGAACCGGGCGUGGAAUUCCGGCUUCGAUGCUCUUAUCCUCACGACCGAUACGUGGCAACUGGGCUGGCGACACGACGACGUGGCUAAUUCGAACUAUGCCUUUUACCGAGGCAUCGGUGCGGAUUUGGGCUUGACGGAUCCUGUGUUCCAGAAACGGUGUCGCGAGGCAGGCAUCGACCCGGAGAAGGAUGUGGUGGCUGCCUCGACGAAGUGGAUUGAUUCUGUCUGGCAUGGGCGUGCAUGGUCAUGGGAGAAAAUCCCCUGGUUGAUUGAGCAGUGGAAAAGGAUUUCUGGUGGUCGACCGUUCAUUAUUAAGGGGAUUCAGUCUGUCGCGGAUGCGAAGAAAUGCGUUGAGUAUGGGGUGGAUGGUAUUGUGGUGAGCAAUCAUGCCGGUAGACAGGUGGAUGGGGCGAUUGCAAGUCUGGACGCUUUGGAAAAUAUCGCCAAUGCUGUUGGGGAUCAACUCUACAUUAUGUUUGACUCGGGGGUGCGUGGGGGCAGUGAUGUUGCCAAGGCGUUGGCAUUGGGAGCCCGCUUCGUUUUCGUUGGUCGGCUCUGGGUCUGGGGACUCAGUAUCAUGGGCGAGGAGGGUGUUCGCCAUGUGAUGAAGUCAUUACUGGCUGAUUUUGAUAUCUUGAUGGCUGUUGCGGGAUUUAAUAGUGUUGAGGAGUUUGAUAAAUCCAUUCUAGAAUCAUACCCAAAGUCGUACACGCUGAUCCCGGAUAAGGUUCUUUAGGUGUUUCAAAAGCGAGUGACGGGUCUUAUACAACUCAUGAGACACUAUCAGUCCCACGCAAGAAUCGGUGUCUGGGAAAGGAUAAUGAUUAAUAAGAAGAGAAAGUUUGAAAAAGGCAAUGUCAGUGACUAGCACGCUGUUGAUCUAGUCUCGGAUGUAUAUGGAGAUACAGAACAACAACGAAUGUAGAUAAUGUAUCUAUUUCUUCUAAAUUCAACCAUUCGCUGG